AUGUCCCUUACCGACGGCAUCGACAUGUUAGCAGCGGGAACCCUUGAACAAGCGUUCGACAUCGCCAUCGGCGCCUACCGUCAGGCUCUCAUAGCAGACAAGGCGCCCUGGGUCCAGGGCUUGGACGUCGACACAGCCGUCCACAUGGCAAGACUCACCCGGCCAGUGGUCUACUUCGUCGAUCUAUACAUCAAUAUCCGGAUACAAUACUUCCGGCACAAGCGCGGCCCGCCAUGCGGCACAUGGAGCGCCAGCCAAGCGGAGCGCUGCCGCGUCGCCCAGGCGCUGAUACGGUACCAGAUAAUCGCCAGCCUGCACCACCCAGCCUUCCAUCAAGCAACGAAGGCCGAUCAUUUCUUCAUCAACAUGCUCGGGCUCUUUCAAAGCUGGGAGCUAGAACAGGUGUCCGAAAUCAGCCAUUUCGUCUUCUCAACCUCGGACUGCUUCCGCCGGGAGCUAGCCAAAGACGACCCCCGCGCCCGAAUCAGCGGCUUCUACGACCACUUCCGUGCGGGCUACGACGCAAACUACCUCCCGAAGCUGCCAGAAUUCUACGCCAAGCUGACCGAGGCCCAGCGCUCCGACGGCGAGCUCCCGGCUAGGCUGAUGCUGAAUCCCAGGGCCACCACGGGAAAAGAGCGCGGCCCCCCCCCGAGAGCCGCGCUGGAGCUGCUGAGGGGGCUGGCUCGGGGCCCGGUGGUGCGGAUCGGCUUCGAUGGUGACUCGCCUACCGACCCGCCGUGGGCCUGGAUCGAUGCCUGGAACGGGGAGAGGGUGGUACGGUGGGGCCAUGACUUGGUGCCGGAAAGGGCCUCGGACGGUAAUUGGGGAGAGCACAGAUAUGUCAGGGAGUUGGCGUACUCGUGGAGGUGGCUGGGCAUGGUGUUUUGGGAUAGGGAUCGGGCCGAGGCGCUCUUGACGGCCAAGGUCCUCGAGGGCUGCGGCACGGGCUGGCUUGCCGAGUACUGGCAGAGGGCUGGGCACGGUGAGAGCUAUGUUAUCGGGGUGGAGUGA